CACUGCCGGAUCGAUUCAUUCCCAACCGGGAGCUCAGUAGUCCUUCGUCCAACACGUUAUCCAGCCCGUCGUCCGUCAGGCACCGCACCGCCACCCCCGUUUUAUUCAUGACACCAUCUAAGAGACUCCUGCGACAUCGCGGCACUGCCCCUGACCCCUUUGUCUUCCACUCAACGGCCGUUGUGCCGAAAGCCCAUCACUACUACCCCGUUAUCCCAAGAGGCGGUAGGCCUUCUCUGAGGAGAUACGUCGACGAUGGUUCCGGGGGCUUUCUUCGAAGCGGCACCAACGCGCCGUUUCUCCCUUGUCAUUUCCCCAGCGCCGGUCAGAAGUUCUUCGAAAAUGCUGAUAAAUAUGAAAGGCGUCUCGCUACUGCUCUCGAAAUCGACCCGGCUGCCAGGACUUUGAGCUUUGCCCACCAACAGCAAACGAAGACGGACUUGCUGGACACCUUGACCCAGGCUAAGACGAGAUGGAAUGGUACCGAAUGGGUGAACCCUGGUCCUGAUAAUCUCCUCGACGCCCCCUUCAUCCGGGACGACUACUACUCCUCGAUCCUGGCGUACUCGGCUACGUCCCAGACGCUUUUUAUCGCACUUUUCGACAGGGUGUAUGCGUGGCCCGAGGGCGCCGAAGGAGAUGUUAAACGAGUGUAUACCGCACCCCUUGGUGCCUGGGUGUUUUCGGUUGCCGUUUCUUCGUAUGGAGGCGGCAAAUCCAUCCUAGCAGUCGGCUGUUCGAACAACCAGGUUAUACUCGCGUCCCCCGCAGAGACUCUUCCUCGCUUCGAGGUCCUAGUCCCGGCCCCUGUACAUUGCGUUAGCUGGCGGCCGACAUCAACGCUGCGGCGCUCUAAGCACCCCUCUGACCCUCCCAGACAGGUCAGAACUGAGGACUUGCUUGUCGGCACUAGCUACGGGAUCAUCUACUACUAUGUGGUCGAAUGGCCCCAUGCUUGGGAAGUCGAGCGUGACAACUGGUCGGGUGCUGUCUCCAUGGUGUCGCGGAUUGUCAUCCAUACGGACAAGAUCUGCGCCAUUGUCUGGUCACCCGAUGGCCAGCAGUUUGCCUCUGGCGCGAACGAUAAUCUGUGUUGUCUCUUCGAAACGUCGCAUGCGGCGGCUCUGAGGGAUGAAAAAGGUCUCGACGGCGACGGUUUCGAAGACGAAGGUUUCGUAGACGCAAGCUUCGAGGACGAGGUUUUCGCAGCUCCAACGGCGAAAGAAACGGUAAAGCUCGUGUUGCCGGGCUCGGAGAAGCAGUGGUGGCCCCACGACGCUGCCAUCAAGGCCAUUGCCUUCUGUCCCUGGCAGGAUGGUCUGGUCGCCACGGGAGGCGGCGCCGAAGACCGAUGCAUCUACUUCUUUCAUACCCGAUCCGGCGCCGCCCUGGCCACCAUCGCCGUGGGAGCUCAGGUCACGGGGCUGGUCUGGUCUCGUACCCGGCGUGAAAUCGCGGCGACCUUGGGUUUUACCAAUCCGGAGCGCCAUCCCUACCGCAUCGCCGUCUUCAGCUGGCCCGAGUGCAGACUGGUCGGGGCGAUCCGGCGCGAGGCUGACUAUCGAAUCUUGUGCGCCAUCCAUUUCCCCAGCCAAGGGCAAAAGGACGGGCCGUUGUCUGAGGAUUGCAUCGUCGUGGCUUCAUCGACUCACCAAGUCGAGUUCUACAACUUGUGGGAGGCGGGCGGACGGAGGGCGGUAGGUGGCCAGGGCUGCUUGGGUGGAAGUGAUAUUCUCGAAAGCAUAGAAGGCAUCGAGAAAGAGGGAGACGUCAUUCGUUAG